AUGAAGAAAAAGAAAUUUGUGCUGUUAUUGGAUGACAUUUGGAGGAAAGUGGAGUUACAAGAAAUUGGAGUCCCAUUUCCGACAAGAGAAAAGGGAUGCAAAGUAGUAUUCACUACUCGUUCAAGGGAAGUAUGUGGCCACAUGGGGGUUGAUGAUCCCAUUGAAGUCAAAUGUUUGGCAUCUGAUGAAGCGUGGGAUUUGUUCCGUAUCAAAGUUGGGAAAAUCACAUUAGAAAGCCACCCAGAUAUUCUUGAGCUGGCGUGUAAAGUUGCUAAAAAAUGUCGUGGUUUACCACUGGCGCUGAACAUCAUCGGUGAAACUAUGGCGUGCCAGAGGACGGUACAAGAAUGGCGCCAUGCAGUUGACGUACUAACUUCUUCUGGUGCAGAGUUUCCUGAUGAAAAGGAAGGUAGAGAGAAAGCCUUUAACCAAGGUUAUAAGAUAAUUGGUACCCUCGUUCGUGCAUGUUUGUUGCUGGAAGUAAGAUGGACGAAAUGUAAAUCUUAUGUGACUAUGCAUGAUGUGGUUCGUGAGAUGGCUCUAUGGAUAUUGUCUGAUCUUGGGAAGCAUAAAGAGAUAUGUAUUGUGAAAGCUGGCGUUGGCUUACGUGAAGUACCAGAAGUCAAGGAGUGGGCAGCUGUGAGAAGAAUGUCGCUGAUGCAAAACAAAUUGGGGAAGCUAUGUGGUAGUCCCAACUGUCCUCAAGUUACAACUCUGCUCCUUCAGGAAAACUAUACGUUGAAUAUCUCGGAGGAAUUCUUCAGUUUUAUGCGUGGGCUACUUGUUUUGGAUCUAUCAUAUAAUGGAGGUUUCACUGUAUUGCCGGAGCAAAUAUCUAAGUUGGUUUCCUUGCGAUAUCUGGACUUAUCAUACACAGACAUAGAGCGACUGCCUGGUAGUUUGCGAGAGUUGAAAAAGCUUAUACAUCUAAAUUUGGAGGACACGAGGGAACUUGAGAGUAUGUCAGGGAUAUCAGAUUUGCCGAGUUUGAGGACACUGAGACUACGAAGUUCCAAAGUUUUGAUAGAUUUGAGCUUAAUGAAGGAGUUGGAGCGCUUAGACUAUCUAGAUUUUGUAACCAUAAAAAUUACGUCAAGUGCGGUUGCAGAGAUGUUGUUAUCCUUUCACAGGUUGUUGGAAUGCAUCAAAGAAGUACGUAUUCAAUACCUUCAAGAAGAAUUAGUGAGAGUAUUGAAUUUGGCAGCCAUGGUUAAUCUCCAAAGGCUCAAUAUAGACUCUGGAAUGGAGGAUAUAAAAAUAGAGAGGAUAACUUCAACGUUUUUUAACAAAGGUCCCAUAGCUCCAUACUUGCUAAACCUGUCCUCUGUGUUUAUACGAGGUUGCAAUGGUAUAAAGGAUUUGACGUGGCUAUUGUUCGCCCCUAACCUAACUUUGCUUGAAGUUAAUAACUCAAACCAACUAAGGGAUAUAAUAUGUAAAGAGAAAUAUGUGGGCAGUGUCAUGGAGGAUGAGGUAAGGAUCAUCGUGCCUUUUCCAAAACUAGAAAACCUCUACUUGUCUGAGUUACCGAUGCUGAAGAGCAUCUACUCGAGUCCUUUACCUUUUCCAUGUUUGAGGAAAAUCUCUAUAUCAGGGUGUCCCAAGCUGAGAAAGCUUCCCUUGGAUUCAAAGAGUGUCGUCCGGGUUGAAGAACUUGAUAUCCACUGGAUUCCUCUGUCCUUGCGUCCUCCACGUAUACGUAUGAUCCAAGUAAGAGAAAAUUUUAUAAGGCUGGUAAGGAAACCAUUGGAUUCCAGUAGUGGAGCUGCAGACGAAGAAACUGUUAUAUACUAUCAAGACAAAGAAUGGAUGGAAGGGUUUGAAUGGGAGGACGAAGCAACGCGGCUCCGUUUCUUACCUUCAUGCAAGCUUGGGACUUAA